AUGUCUCCGAAUUCCGGCGAGGAAAUAAAUACUUUUCAACGUUUCGCCAAUUCAGGGAUCAUCAGGACAGAAGAAAACAAUAUCGAUCAUCACUCCAUGACAUCCAAUUGCGCUCUGAAAGAAAAGUUACAGUCUUUACCUGGUGUCUUGGCGAGAGACCUAGUGAGCAGCAGUUGCUCAGGAAGAAGAAGACUGCCGAGCAAGAACUACUUGGCCUCCAUCGAGUCCUUGGAAGACAGCGAGGAGGAGACGGCAUCCAGGUCCAGCGUGUCCAAGGCGGGCUCCCAGGGUGAGUACAAGAUCCUUACUGUACAACUAGAGUAA